UGCGGUCUACGCAAAAAGAGAAACAUAUACUCGGUGUAUAUACAUACAUUCAACAUUGACGGCUGCUGUGGUCAUUUGACCCCACGAAGAAACCCUCGGAGAUCGCGUGCGCGCAUUGCAAAUAAAUAGCCCAUAUGCCACGAGUUAUUCUCACGCUAAAUUCUGUGUUUUUUUGCCCCACAAUUUUGCCUUGGAAAUCUUGUUAAUUAUUUAACGCAAUUCCAUCGCUGCAGCUCCCUUGAUUGUAGAGUGAAUAUUUUCCUGUGGUCAAAUUCUAUUCGAUAUAAUUUUUUUUUCCCUUUUUGAAUUUGGCUGGUCUGCUAAGAGGCAAUUGAAUUAUCAGAAUGUUUAACGGAAUGAUGGAUCCGGAGCUGAUGAGAUUGGCACAGGAGCAGAUGAGCAGAAUUCCACCUGAUGAACUCAUGAAGAUGCAACAACAGAUGAUGGCCAAUCCAGCUUUAAUGAAGAUGGCAACAGAAAGUAUGAAGGACUUGAAGCCUGAAGAUUUAAGAUUUGCAGCAGAGCAGAUGAAGAAUGUACGGGAGGAGGAUAUGGCUGAAAUAAGGGACCGCAUGUCAAAUGCUUCACCUGAUCAAAUUGCAGCUAUGCAGGCCCAGGCAGAAGCUCAGUCUGCAUAUCAAUUGCAAGGAGCUCAAAACCUAAAAUAUCAGGGAAAUCAGCUUCAUGCUGAAGGGAAAUACAGCGAAGCAGCAGAAAAAUACCUGCAAGUGAAAAGCAAUCUAAGAGGAAUAGCAUUCCCCAAAUCGAAAAGUUUGAUAACUGCAUGCUCACUGAAUUUAAUGUCUUGCUAUCUAAAGACCAGGCAAUAUAAGGAUUGUAUUCAAGUAGGUUCAGAGGUUCUGGCAUAUGAUCCAAUGAACGUUAAGGCUUUAUAUCGCAGAGGUCAAGCUUAUAAAUGGAUUGGAAAUCUAGAAUUGGCAGUUGUAGACUUGAGCAAAGCAGUUGAGGUUUCUCCUGAAGAUGAAACAAUUGCACAAGUUCUAAGAGAAGCAAGAGCAGAGCUACAAGUGGAAGGGGAAAGUCAAUAUGAUAGAAAUGGACCUAGAAUUGAAGAGAUAACAGAGGAAGAAGCUGCCGUGUUGACCACAAAAAAUGAAAUAAAGGUCCCACAAUCAACUCCUUUAGUGAAUUCCGUUUCAGAACACAAUAAUGCUGGUAAGCAGGGGUCAGAAGAUCUAAACACAUUCUCUACUGAUCGACUUGCAAAUAAUGCUCCCUCUGAGGAUGCAUAUGCUGAAACUUUGAGAAGCCUUGGUGAAAAUCCAGAUAUGAUCAGGAACAUGCAGAGUUUGAUGGCCAACGUCAGCCCAGAGUCUAUGGCUGCUUUAAGUGGAGGGAAAAUGACUUCUGAAAUGGUCAAGACAGCAUCUGAGAUGUUUAGUAGGAUGUCACCAGAUGAACUCCAGAAAAUGAUUAAAAUGUCUACCUCCUUCCAGACACAAAACCAUACUUCAUCUCCAUUUGAUGACACGAACAGGAGAACUUCAACAACAGGUUCCCAAACUUCACGAUCUAUAUCAGAAGAGAUUAUGCAGUCUGAGACAAAUGUGAAUAAGAUUGGGGAUUCACGGGCAAGUUUUAAUCCAAGUGUACCCUUCUCAGGCAUGCCUGAUAUGUCCACAGAAAUACAGGACCAAAUGAGAAAUCAAAUGAAGGAUCCAGCCACGAGACAGAUGUUUACAACAAUGAUACAAAAUAUGAGCCCUGAGACGAUGGCAAGUAUGGGCGAACAGUUUGGGCUUAAGCUUUCACGUGAGGAUGCAGUUAAAGCACAAAAUGCAAUGGCCUCUCUUUCUCCCGAUGAUUUAGAUAAACUGAUGAAUUGGGCAGCAAGGCUCCAGAGAAUAAUUGAUUAUUUGCGAAAUAUGAAAAACUGGAUGUUAGGAAAGCCAGUUCUCAUUUUUGCAUUCUUUAUGCUGCUUCUUGCCAUUGUUCUUCAUCGUCUUGGAUACAUUGGAGAUUAGGACGCGGUAAAUCAUUUAGAUUUUUAAACCUAUUCUACCACAGAGCGAUAUGAUUUACAUGAACUUGGAGUCUUUUACCAUUUCAAGAAGACUUUCUGAUUGAAGCUGAUCCUCCAAAACAUUCUGUACGGUGAUUGCAACAAUCUAGUUGAAGUGAUGAGUGCUGGAAACCAUGCCUGAAUUUUGUUAAAACAAUUUGACUGUUGCUUGGUUAUUGUUCUUUGGAAGACACAAAGAAGCUGUGACGAGGUUUUGGAUAUUCUUUUGACAUGUUUUUCUUCAUGAAGAAGAAAAACUGACGCUAAACGCUAAGUUAAUGAAACAUUUGUUUGUAUUAGAGGUCAUAACUGUUCCAUAUAAUGUGACACUGGCACCUUUAGCUAAUUUAAUGGUAUGCCGAACAAGUUGUAAUGUACCAAAUUUCUAGUAAGAUUCAUUUUAUUUA